AAUCUUCACACAUUGACAGAUUCACAUCUGUCAAUGAUUAUGAUUUCAAUGUUGAAUCAUUGAUUGAGAACUUGAAGAACAUAAUAAUAAAGGAAUUGUCUGUGUUAUAUGUGACUGAGUCUUCUGCAUCUCUCUCUGCUCUCUCUGUUUCUUUCUCUGUCACUCUCUCUCAAUCUUCUACACCUGUCACUGUGUCUGAUUCUCUCACUUUCACUACCUCUAUUCCUGCAAUCUCUACUUCUGCUACUUCUGCUCUCUCUGAUUCUGCUGUCUCUGCUUUCAUUAUCAGCUCUCCCUGUUUCAAGAAGAUGUUGUAUAGGCUUAAUAAAUCAUGUUUCUCAGCAAAAGAUAUUCAUGUUUUCAGAAAUAGAAAUACAGAUGUCAUACUCUUUUACACUCACAGAUUUGCUUCAGUGUCAGAGAUCAUUCUAAUUGAAGAUGAUAAUGCUGUCAAGACUAUUCUCUCUCACUCUCAAGCUUCUUUCAUCACUUUCUCUCUCUUCUCUGUGAGGAAGAUUGUGCAUAUACUGAGUUAUAA